AUGAACGAUGCCAUUAAAGAAAAGGAGUUAGGAAAUGCAGCAUACAAGAAGAAAGAGUUUGCUGAAGCAUUGGCUCAUUAUGACAAAGCAAUUGAGCUUGAUCCGACCAAUAUGACGUUUUAUUCCAACAAAGCAGCUGUAUUGUUUGAGAAGGGCGAGUAUGAGCAGUGUAUAGAACAGUGUAAACAGGCAGUGGAAAUUGGGAGAGAACAAAGAGCAGAAUAUACCUUAAUAGCCAAGGCAUUGACGAGAAUUGGUAACGCGUACAUCAAAAUGGACAAGUUGGAAGAGGCAAUAACUUGGUUUGACAAGUCUCUGUCUGAACAUCGUGAUCCGGAGCUAGUCAAGAAGCAAAAGAAAUUGGAAAAGGAUCUGGCAGAAAGGAAACGUUUGGCGUACAUCAAUCCAGAAAUUGCAGAAGAAGAAAAAAAGCUGGGAAAUGCACUUUUUAAAGAGGGUAAAUUCCCUGAAGCAAUGAAGCAUUACACUGAGGCUGUGAAAAGGGAUCCAGAUAAUGCUAUUUUAUAUUCCAAUCGUGCUGCGUGCUACACAAAACUUAUGGAGUUUCAACGGGCUUUAGAGGACUGCGAGAUGUGCAUUAAGAAGGAUCCUAAAUUUAUAAAGGGAUAUAUUCGGAAAGGAGCUGCAUUACUCGCUAUGAAGGAUUACUUGAAGGCUCGAGCAGCCUAUCAAGCUGCUUUAGCUAUUGACGAAAAUAACGAGGAUGCUCGCGAAGGUUAUUACAAUUGUGUAGUACAUCACGGUGAGCCUGUCGAAGAGGCUCGAGAACGAGCUUUACAAGACCCCGAAGUUCAAGAUAUAUUAAGGGACCCUGGUAUGCGAGUGUUAUUAGACCAGAUGAGCACUGACGCUGGCGCCGUACGCGAACACCUUAAAAACCCGGAAAUUGUAAGGAAACUAAUGAAGCUACAGGAAGCAGGUAUUGUAAGGUUGCAGUGA